GUGAACUGAUCGCCAGGACCGCGUGUCAGUGUUUUAUCUCAAACUUCUGUAUUUCUAAAGUCCUCACCGCGCACAUUCUUCACCUUUAAUGGACUAUCAAUGCCGACGACAUAAUACGGGACAAUGUUAAUGCAUCAUUGGCCACAAAUGCCUUGAUCUCCAUAUGGACUUCGCCACAGCGCUGCAACUCGCGCAAUAUCGCCACGCCACCGGACUUUUUUUGUAAUUGUUAUUCAUUCGUGAAUAUGGCGAAGCGAUCGCAGUGAACUGGAACCGAGGUUUGCAACACAUUGUUGCAAAUAUUAAGCAGAAUAUCAUGAUGCUCUCCCUCUCGCGUGCCCCGUAACUGCUUCCAUUCAUUCAGUCCAGUUUGGCGCUGAGCAUCGUCUUCUCUCCUGGAGAUUUUCCUUCCAGUUUCCUCUCAAUUAUGUUCACUUUCGCUGCCUUUUGCUACAUGCUUUCCCUUGUCCUCUGUGCUUCUCUCAUCUUCUUCGCGAUCUGGCAUAUAACAGCCUUUGAUGAGCUUCAGGCAGACUUCAAGGUGCCGAUCGAUCAGGGCAAUCCACUUCACGCGCGUGAAAGGCUGAGGAAUAUUGAGAGGAUCUGCUGCCUGCUGCGAAAGCUGGUGCUUCCAGAAUACUCCAUCCAUGUCCUCUUCUGUAUCAUGUUCCUGUGUGCUCAGGAGUGGCUGACCGUAGGCCUCAAUAUCCCUCUGCUCUUCUACAACACAUGGAGCAGGUACUUCCAUAGCCCAACAGACACUAAAGAACUUCUCUACGAUCCAGCGUCUGUCAUGAAUGGAGACACGCUAAAAUUCUGCCAAAAAGAAGCCUGGUGCAAGAUGUCCUUCUUUGUCCUCUCGUUCUUCUACUAUCUCUACUGUAUGAUCUACACCUUGGUGACCUCAUAACAGAGCUCUCAACACUGAAGAAGACACUCGUCAGGCACUGUUUUCGGAAAGCUCCUGCAUUUGGACAUUCAGACGAAACAAGAGCAGCACCAGACACAAGUUCAACACGUUGCAGUGCAAGACUUGACCCCACAUUCCCAGAGCAUCAGAAGAAGUUUCAGUGUUGUUUACAGAUCUGACUCAACUCCCUAAAUGUCUCAUAGACCUGGUGUGAUGCGCUUUUCACAAGCUCACAGUAACGUUUGCACAGAUUGUCUCAGGCAUAGCACAACAUGUCCUUUACCACUUUGAGGCGCAAAACCUGCCAACCUUUACACUCACUAUAAAUAUAUGUAGCUUAAAAUAUAACGUCGGAUCAAAAGAAAAAGUGAAACGAAACGUUGACAAAGUUGAUCAGCGAAUGUCACAUUUUUACCAGUCACACACUAGGCCACUGAGUUUUGAUUACAUGUGUGAGAAGCUUUGUGAUAUUUUCUGUGUAUUUGUGCAAUCCUAACAUAAGCGUUUUUAAUGAAAUGCGUAUCUGUGUACAUAGAGAACUUUUUGUGUAAUGCUUUUAUGUGUUGGUGUCAGUGGGUUGAGAUGUUUUUGGACUUUAUAUUUACAAAAUGCUGAUAUGGAGGCUUUAUUGUAGAAAACAAGAGCCACUUUUCCACAAUUUUGCACAAAGUUGUUAUGAGUUUGCACAAUAGAUACAGUUAUUGGUCGUGGUGGAAAAACAAGUCAUAUUUAUAUACCCGGUACGAGUCUUCCAAUAUAUUACAGUGUAUUCAAUUAUCAUACGUUUUCAUUCUAGGGAAGAAAUUAAAACCACAACUCAUGACCUACAAGUUUCACUUUCUCAUUUUGUAUUGUUGUUAUUAAAAUAACUAUAUUACUGUUAAACAGCAAGGUCAGCAAUACUGAAACUA